AUGGAUGGUGGAGAUGGAUGGCGCGUGAAAGCUUGCUCCUCCAGUGUUAAAGAUAAGACGAUAAUCAACCGGGUAAUGCUCAGAUUCCGGCCGAUUGCUCCAAAACCGGUCACAGGAGAUUCGAGUUAUGGUAACUGCAAGCCAGAGAUCAAGACUGGUUUGGCUAGUAAGGAAAGAAAGAAGAGAAAGUACGUUAGGGUUAAGAAGAAGAAUAAUAGUAAAGAACAGUAUCAGCGGACUAGAAAGAAAAAGAUGAUGCCAAUUAUAUCAUCAGAUCAAGAAAGAGAAAGAGAAGAUCAUGGUCUCAAGCUAACGUUGCAGUUGAUUCCUGAUGAGAAAACGAUUGAUCCAAUACCAGAAAAGCGGCCUUUGUCCAAUGAUAUUGUUAGUCUUUCAGUCCCAGUUGUGCAACAUGAAAAGCAUAAGGAUUUAUUAUUUGACAUCAAUAACCAGUUGAUUGAUGAUAUGGGUGGUUUAAGAAUGUCAGAUCCGACGAACGGAAAGAGGAUAGUGGAGACGCGGGUGACAGUGGAGAGCGUGACAGACACGUGCAUGGAUAUGGUGUUACUGGGUAGUACGGACGUGGAGAAAAUGAGAAAUCUAGAGAAGGACACGAGUCCCGGAUUUAUAUCGGAUGGUUUAAACUGGGUACUGUGGGUUAAUGAUGCCUACAAGAAGAUGGUGAUGGUAAGGCAGGAAGACGAGGGACGGUCGCCGGAGGUUAGCGUAGAUUUGGUGAUUAAAGAGAAGUUUUUGGCGUGUCUUUAUGGUUCUGCAUUUACGUGCUGGGUUAGAUUACAGCAUACGUGGCAGAUGGAGAAGUGCUCACAGUCACAGAUGGUUCCCUGUGAUGUGCAGAAGAUGGAAUUUGGUGGGUUUGCAUGGAGGCUUGACGUUAAGGCUGCCCUCAGUUUGGGUCUUAACUAA